UUAUUGUGAACUAACUUAAAAUGUUUCCUUGGAUUUUUUUUUAAAUUUAUUAUUUUUUGUUAUUUUCAACCGCUUACCUAAAAAAUAAUUAGAACAGUUUCUCUUUAACUGAUGGCUUUAGUGGCCGAAUGGCGUUCUAUCAUAGUCCUAUGCAAAAGGGGGAUGAAUAAAAAACAACUAUCCUCACUCACGUUUAGUUUUCAAGAAAAGCUUGAUUUGAUACUACACUAAAACAAGUUUUUUUACUCUUGUAAAUGGUUGUAAAAUAAGUGCGUGUGGUGACUGUGUGUUGUGUGAAAAUGACAGACAUGCCUCCUUAUCUCGCUGUAAAAGAUGAGGAGGACAGUGCCCAAGGUGAUAGCGAGAGUAGUUCAGAAAUUGACGACUGGGAUUUGCCUCUAAGCUACGAAAAACCCAGGCAUUUGGAGCCUAUAAAGGGUGCUGAACGUGUGGAGCACUCAUGGAGAGUCAAGGAAAAGUACAAGACACACUGCGUAGCACUGGUGCUGUGCCUCAACGUGGGGGUGGAUCCUCCAGACGUCGUCAAGACCCAGCCCUGCGCCCGUCUCGAGUGCUGGAUCGACCCCUUGUCGCAGUCGCCAAAUAAGGCCCUCGAGAACAUCGGACACGCCUUACAGUCGCAAUAUGAGCGCUGGCAGCCUCGGGCGCGAUACAAGCAGUCCUUAGACCCUACGAGCGAUGAGGUGAAAAAGCUCUGCUGCUCGCUCCGACGGAACGCCAAAGAUGAACGGGUUCUCUUCCACUACAACGGACACGGCGUGCCCAAGCCCACCAGCCAGGGCGAGAUCUGGGUCUUCAACAGGGCAUACACACAAUACAUCCCGUUAUCCAUGUACGACCUACAAACGUGGAUGGGCGCGCCGUCGCUAUACGUGUACGACUGCUCGAACGCCGGCGUCAUCGUCGACAACUUCCGCGCGUUUGCGGACCAGCAUGAGCGCGACUACGAGAUGCAACUAAACAGCAAAGGCUCCGGCACGCCACCCCCGCUCGUGUCCUACAAGAACUGCAUCCAGCUCGGCGCCUGCGCGGCCGGCCAGUCCCUGCCCAUGAGUCCCGAGCUGCCCGCGGACCUGUUCACGGCCUGCCUCACGACGCCCGUCAAGAUGGCCAUGAAGUGGUUCGUGCUGCGUCACACGAGGGCUGCCAGCGUGCACCAGCAUAUACACGACGUGCACGACCUCAUCGACAAAAUCCCCGGCCAAGUAACCGACCGCCGCACGAUGCUCGGUGAGCUGAACUGGAUCUUCACCGCCAUCACCGACACAAUCGCCUGGAACUCUUUACCCCCUGAGCUGUUCCAGCAGCUGUUCCGAGCUGAUCUCCUCACGGCCAGUCUGUGCCGGAACUUCCUACUUGCUGACCGCAUCAUGAGGUCGUACAACUGCACCCCAGUAUCCUCCCCGCCGCUGCCGUCGCUCGCGCAGCACGCGCUGUGGGCCGCCUGGGACCAGACCCUGGACCUGGCGCUGGCCCAGCUGCCCGCCAUGCUGGGGCCCUCGCCGCGCGUCUACCACCACUCGCCGUUCUUCAGGGACCAGCUCACCGCGUUCCAAGUGUGGCUGGAUCUAGGGAAAUCCAACUCGCUGAGCGGCGGGCUGUGGUCGCGGCCGCCGCCCGACCAGCUGCCCAUGGUGCUGCAGGUGCUGCUCAGCACGCUGCACCGCGUGCGCGCGCUGCAGAUCCUGUGCCGCUUCCUGGCGCUCGGCCCCUCCGCCGUGCGCGCCGUCCUCCACGUCGGCAUCUUCCCCUACAUGCUCAAGCUGCUGCAGGCCUCCGCGCACGAGCUCAGGGCCUCCAUGGUCUACAUCUGGGCCAAGAUCAUAGCCGUGGACCCGAGUUGCCAAGUGGACCUGGUGAACGCAAAAGGGCACAAAUAUUUUCUGUCGAUCCUGGCAGAUUCUACCGUUGAUAGCGAGCACCGAACGCUGGCAGCGUACGUUCUGGCGGGAAUCGUCGACAACUAUCCCGCCGGCCAAGAAGCGGCGCAACAGGGCUCUAUGAUCUCAAUAUGCCUCGAGCAGCUAUCCGACCCGUCGUGGCUGCUGCGGCAGUGGGCGUGCAUCUGCCUCGGGCGGCUGUGGCGCGGCUGCGACGCGGCGCGCUGGGCCGGCGUGCGAGACUUAGCACACGAGAAACUGUAUCCGUUGCUGCGGGAGCCACACACUGAGGUUCGCGCAGCAUGCGCAUUCGCGCUCGGCACGUUCGUGGCCGCCGGGGGAUGCUGGCCGCGCACGGAACACGCGAACGCCUUGGACCAGCAAGUCGGGGCCGAACUUGCUCGGGCCCUCCCUCACGACGCCAGCCCGCUCGUGCGAGCUGAAACCCUGCACGCUCUCCAAUGGCUGGUACUAAUAUUCGAGCAGCACUUUAUCGCUGUUUAUAUCCAAGAAAGGAUGAGGAAAAGUGACAGGGCCGGGCACGCGGGGGCGGGCGGCCCCGUGGACGCGGGGCAGGACGCGCUGGUGGCGGGCGGGCCCGGCCGCGCGCCCGCGCCGCGCCGCCCGCAGCAGGCGCUGCCCACCAUCGGUUUUGGGUCGGUAUACAUGAAACUGUGGAACACCCUGAUAUCGAUGUCGAAAGAGCCGCACCCUCAAGUCUCGCACAUGGCUACUGAUAUCAUCAACUACAUCUCAAACCAGCUGGACAACGUCUCCCGCGACAUCGACCCCCGCGGGCUGGGCGCGCACGGCUCGGGCGGCUCCUCCAGCCUCCCCCCCUCCCCCAACCUGCGCCCCGCCUUGUGUGCGUGUGCUAACGUGCGUGUGUGUGUAGACAGCCGGCGCGGGCGCGGUGGGCUGCCGAGCACCAUCUCCGAAGACUCCAUGGCGAGCCGCGAGCGGGACUCGGUCUCAUCUACUUCUAGUCAACAGUCAAAGAAACCAAUAGUGUCCACGCAAUUCGUGGAAUGGGCGCACACGCUGUUCGCGCGAGCGGACGCGGAGGCGGGCGCGGGCGCGGGCGCGGGCGCGGGAGCGGGCGCGGAGCCGGACGUGGAGUCGCGGGCUCACCACGCGCGCGUGUGGCGGUACCAGCGGAACAGGAGGCUGAGGAAUGAAGCCAAAGCGUUGGUGGGAUCAAAAGUGCCGCGAUUAGAAACACAGGCUUUCCACUCGCGAUGUCAGUUGCCGCCCGGUGUGAUUCUCUUCCACCCCUAUGAACAGCACAUUGCGUUGGCCUUCAAAGACAAUUUUGGGAUCUGGGAUUGGGGUACAGCCGCCAAGCUAUGUGUGGGGGCGUGGCGCAAGACGUGGGGCCGAGUCACUGCCCUCGCCUACCUCAACGCCCACGAGAGGGCGCUGCUCGCCGUGGCCAGCCACCAGGGCCACGUCGCCAUCUACAGGCCAACCGGCAGCAGUAUGGAGCCGGCGCUGGUGUCGGCGUGGCGCGCGCUGGACGUGCGGCCCGCCGCCGACUACCGGCCGCCGCCCGCGCAGCCGCUCUACAGUACGUACCCCGCACUCUGUGUACAGGCCCACGGCAGCAGUAUGGUGGCGGCGUGGCGCGCUGGACGUGCGGCCCGCCGCCGACUACCGGCCGCCGCCCGCGCAGCCGCUCUACAGUACGUACCCCGCACUCUGUGUACAGGCCCACGGCAGCAGUAUGGUGGCGGCGUGGCGCGCUGGACGUGCGGCCCGCCGCCGACUACCGCCCGCCGCCCGCGCAGCCGCUCUACAGUACGUACCCCGCACUCUGUGUACAGGCCCACGGCAGCAGUAUGGUGGCGGCGUGGCGCGCUGGACGUGCGGCCCGCCGCCGACUACCGGCCGCCGCCCGCGCAGCCGCUCUACAGUACGUACCCCGCACUCUGUGUACAGGCCCACGGCAGCAGUAUGGUGGCGGCGUGGCGCGCUGGACGUGCGGCCCGCCGCCGACUACCGGCCGCCGCCCGCGCAGCCGCUCUACAGUACGUACCCCGCACUCUGUGUACAGGCCCACGGCAGCAGUAUGGUGGCGGCGUGGCGCGCUGGACGUGCGGCCCGCCGCCGACUACCGGCCGCCGCCCGCGCAGCCGCUCUACAGUACGUACCCCGCACUCUGUGUACAGGCCCACGGCAGCAGUAUGGUGGCGGCGUGGCGCGCUGGACGUGCGGCCCGCCGCCGACUACCGGCCGCCGCCCGCGCAGCCGCUCUACAGUACGUACCCCGCACUCUGUGUACAGGCCCACGGCAGCAGUAUGGUGGCGGCGUGGCGCGCUGGACGUGCGGCCCGCCGCCGACUACCGGCCGCCGCCCGCGCAGCCGCUCUACAGUACGUACCCCGCACUCUGUGUACAGGCCCACGGCAGCAGUAUGGUGGCGGCGUGGCGCGCUGGACGUGCGGCCCGCCGCCGACUACCGGCCGCCGCCCGCGCAGCCGCUCUACAGUACGUACCCCGCACUCUGUGUACAGGCCCACGGCAGCAGUAUGGUGGCGGCGUGGCGCGCUGGACGUGCGGCCCGCCGCCGACUACCGGCCGCCGCCCGCGCAGCCGCUCUACAGUACGUACCCCGCACUCUGUGUACAGGCCCACGGCAGCAGUAUGGUGGCGGCGUGGCGCGCUGGACGUGCGGCCCGCCGCCGACUACCGGCCGCCGCCCGCGCAGCCGCUCUAACAGUACGUACCCCGCACUCUGUGUACAGGCCCACGGCAGCAGUAUGGUGGCGGCGUGGCGCGCUGGACGUGCGGCCCGCCGCCGACUACCGGCCGCCGCCCGCGCAGCCGCUCUACAGUACGUACCCCGCACUCUGUGUACAGGCCCACGGCAGCAGUAUGGUGGCGGCGUGGCGCGCUGGACGUGCGGCCCGCCGCCGACUACCGCCCGCCGCCCGCGCAGCCGCUCUACAGUACGUACCCCGCACUCUGUGUACAGGCCCACGGCAGCAGUAUGGUGGCGGCGUGGCGCGCUGGACGUGCGGCCCGCCGCCGACUACCGGCCGCCGCCCGCGCAGCCGCUCUACAGUACGUACCCCGCACUCUGUGUACAGGCCCACGGCAGCAGUAUGGUGGCGGCGUGGCGCGCUGGACGUGCGGCCCGCCGCCGACUACCGGCCGCCGCCCGCGCAGCCGCUCUACAGUACGUACCCCGCACUCUGUGUACAGGCCCACGGCAGCAGUAUGGUGGCGGCGUGGCGCGCUGGACGUGCGGCCCGCCGCCGACUACCGGCCGCCGCCCGCGCAGCCGCUCUACAGUACGUACCCCGCACUCUGUGUACAGGCCCACGGCAGCAGUAUGGUGGCGGCGUGGCGCGCUGGACGUGCGGCCCGCCGCCGACUACCGGCCGCCGCCCGCGCAGCCGCUCUACAGUACGUACCCCGCACUCUGUGUACAGGCCCACGGCAGCAGUAUGGUGGCGGCGUGGCGCGCUGGACGUGCGGCCCGCCGCCGACUACCGGCCGCCGCCCGCGCAGCCGCUCUACAGUACGUACCCCGCACUCUGUGUACAGGCCCACGGCAGCAGUAUGGUGGCGGCGUGGCGCGCUGGACGUGCGGCCCGCCGCCGACUACCGGCCGCCGCCCGCGCAGCCGCUCUACAGUACGUACCCCGCACUCUGUGUACAGGCCCACGGCAGCAGUAUGGUGGCGGCGUGGCGCGCUGGACGUGCGGCCCGCCGCCGACUACCGGCCGCCGCCCGCGCAGCCGCUCUACAGUACGUACCCCGCACUCUGUGUACAGGCCCACGGCAGCAGUAUGGUGGCGGCGUGGUCUGGCGCAGCUGGUGUCGGAGCAGUUCCUGUCCGCGGAGGAGCGCGCCGCGCCGCCGCCGCAGGACCAUGCCCUGGGCGCGGGCGCGGCGGGCGGGGCGGGCGGGGCGGGCGGGGCGGGCGGCGCGGCGUACAGCCCGCCGCCGCCGCCCGUGCUGCUGCGCUGGAGCGCGCGGCGCCGCUCGCUGGCGCUGGCCGGCCUGGCCGCCUCCAUCCGCCUGUGGGACGCCAGCGCCGAGCUGCUGGAGGCCGACAUUAACACGGAAUGCGAGAGCGCAGCGACCUCCCUCUGGCGGGGCUCCACGGACGCGUGGUCCAUCGUGGCGGGCUUCGCCGACGGCUCCGUGCGCGCCUGGGACUGCCGCGCCGCCCGCGCCGCCGCCACCCUGCAGCACCACCGCGCCCCCGUGCUCUGCGCCGUGCCCAGGACCGACACCCACAAGCUGGUCGCCGGCUGCAUGAACGGCGAGAUCCGCAUCUACGACACGAGGAAGAUGGAGGCCGUGGAGACGGUGCGCGCGCCCGGCCCGCUCGCCGCCGUCGACGUGCACCCGCUGCUGGACCUCGUCGCCUGCGGUUCUGUGAACCAGUCAAUCAGCUUGUACGACCUGAGCGGCAACGCGCUCAACACCAUCAAGUCCCACGAGGGCUUCAUGGGCAUGGGCACUCGCAUCGGGCCCGUGUGCUGCCUCGCCUUCCAUCCUCUAAGGUCAGUACAGCCCUGUGGCAACUCAACACCAUCAUCACACGAGGGCUUCAUGGGCAUGGGCACUCGCAUCGGGCCCGUGUGCUGCCUCGCCUUCCAUCCUCUAAGGUCAGUACAGCCCUGUGGCAACUCAACACCAUCAUCACACGAGGGCUUCAUGGGCAUGGGCACUCGCAUCGGGCCCGUGUGCUGCCUCGCCUUCCAUCCUCUAAGGUCAGUACAGCCCUGUGGCAACUCAACACCAUCAUCACACGAGGGCUUCAUGGGCAUGGGCACUCGCAUCGGGCCCGUGUGCUGCCUCGCCUUCCAUCCUCUAAGGUCAGUACAGCCCUGUGGCAACUCAACACCAUCAUCACACGAGGGCUUCAUGGGCAUGGGCAAUCGCAUCGGGCCCGUGUGCUGCCUCGCCUUCCAUCCUCUAAGGUCAGUACAGCCCUGUGGCAACUCAACACCAUCAUCACACGAGGGCUUCAUGGGCAUGGGCACUCGCAUCGGGCCCGUGUGCUGCCUCGCCUUCCAUCCUCUGAGGUUAGUUGUGGCCUUGGUUGAGUUAAAAAUAAGUUUUUUAGUAAAAUUCUAUACAAGAUUUGAUAUGUACUUUAUUUUCAAUAUUUAACUAAUACUAAAGAGAAUUUGAAAUAGAAGUGGAUUGUCAAUAUGGCAGUAAAUUUACUCUGGCUACAAAGUUUUCUUUGACAAUCCACCUCUAUUUUAAAUUCUGCAGUUUUACCAAAUGCACAGGUAAAACGGAGCGUGUGUGGCAUUCAACUGUGCAGUUUCCUAUACAGCAGCUGUGCAAUUGAACUGUACAGGCAAAACUGCGCAGGCACACCCUAGUGUGUAUGGCCAGCUUUAAUCUAUCAAUUUGAAAUGUUUGCGACUAAAAUCGAUAACGGCCUCUUACAGUAAUAGAGUAUAAAUGUCAGGUUUGUAAUUUGGCAGAUGCGCGCUGGGGGUGGGCUCGAAGGACUCGG